AUGUCGGGAACCGGGCCAAGAUAUAGCAUUUUUCCUACGCGAAUGGCGCUGUCCACAAUGAAGCAGAGGCUAAAGGGUGCAAAGACGGGUCACAGCUUAUUAAAACGUAAAAGCGACGCCCUCACUAAACGUUUUAGAAUUGUGGUUCAAAAGAUCGAUGAAGCCAAGCGAAAGAUGGGUAAGGUGAUGCAAACGGCUUCCUUCUCUUUAGCCGAAGUAACCUACACCGCAGGCGACAUUAGUUAUCAAGUCCAAGAAAGUACCAAGACCGCACAAUUACGCAUUCGCACAAAACAGGAAAAUGUUUCUGGAGUAAUGCUUCCUGCAUUCGAAAGUUAUCUUGAAGGCGGAAAUGCUUUUGAGCUAACGGGUCUUGGUCGUGGUGGUCAACAGAUUCAUAAAUGCAAGGAAACUUACAUUAAGGCCGUUGAGUCCCUGGUCGAAUUGGCCUCGUUGCAGACGGCAUUCGUUAUCUUGGAUGAAGUCAUUAAAAUAACAAAUCGUCGUGUGAAUGCAAUUGAGCAUGUCAUCAUACCUAGGAUAGAAAAUACGAUCAAAUACAUAAUCUCGGAGUUGGACGAACAAGAUCGUGAAGAAUUUUUCAGAUUAAAAAAAGUUCAGGCCAAAAAGAAGAAGGAUCAACAGGCGGCAGAAGAAAAUAGAAAGAUCUCUGAAGGUGAAGACGUGAAUGAAGGGGAAGAACCGGCUGAUCUAUUAAAAAGCACUGACGAGGAUGUCAUUUUCUAA